UAUUAAUGCUGUCCGCAUGUCCAGGCCUGUUCUUACAGAGAAGUGGACAGGCACAUAUGUAAGCUAGCUAUGGCAUGGACGCUAUGUGGUAUUGAUCAGUAUCACGUGAUAUUGUUCGACCAUGGCGUGCAUGGUGUGUGCGCAUACCACAUGUGACAUAAUAUUAUCCCUUGAAUUACCACAUGGAAUAAAUCUUUGCGGAAAUCAACUAUUUCAACGCCGUGAUUCAUCAUGUAUUUAAGCAAAUGAAUCAUCCUUGUCUAUGUCACGUGAUACAUGCGUACACGUAUGAUUCAUACAAUGACGUCAUUCAUUUUCAACCACUGAUUCUUGUGCCACUGGUAAUUUGAAUUAAAAGUAUGCCACUCACAGCAAGUUUAGGAAUAUUUUGUUAAAGACUGAUCGAUAUUUAACUAAUGAUGGGUCUAAUCCAUAUAUACUGAGAUCCGCCUCAGUGACACCACCUCACUAUAUUUUGCACUUCCUGUUGAUCAGAUCGAGGUUUGCUCAUGGCGGUAGGUUUGGAGGUACAUCGAAAUGAUCGUUGGCAAAGCUGUGAAUUUACGCAUUUUCCACUAGGAUAUUGCUCUGAAAAUUAAUGUAAAUGGCUGAAGCAAGUCCAAGCAUCGUUGAAAACAGCAAUUUGCAAAUUUGUGUUUUGUGCACAUCGGAAUUAAAAGACAAGAGUCCGAAACUAUUGUCAUGUUUACAUACUUUGUGUGAAAACUGCUUGAAUUCACUUUUCCAAGUGCAGAUUCAACAAAAGCGUCCUAACGAGGAAAGCGACGACACAACUUCAGACGAAAAAGGAGACAGUACCGUGUCAGAAAACUGUUCCAUUUUGUGUCCAGCAUGCAAUGCCACUGUUGAAAAGUCCAUGGUUUUAGAUAAUCUCUUUGUUCAAAGUUCACCUAUCGUAAUUGAAGAUGAAGAGGAAAAGGAGGAGGAAAGCCACAUUUGUACAGCAUGUGAUGAAAAGCAGGAGGCAACUUCAUUUUGUGCAGAGUGUAAAGAAUGGUUGUGUGAUCAAUGUGUUAUAGCUCAUAAAAGAGUACGCAUUACUAAAGACCACACAAUUCAAUCAAAAGAAGAGGCAAAGAAGAUUGAGGAUGAUGCUAAUUCUACACCUCAGAAAAUUAUGUUCUGUAUUGUUCACAGAAACGAGCAAUUAAAACUGUUUUGUGAGACCUGUGAUAAAUUAACUUGUAGAGAUUGUCAGCUUGAAGAACAUAAAGACCACAAGUAUCAAUUUUUGUCAGAAGCUAUCAGAAAUCAAAGAGAGAACUUGCAGAAUGCAGUUGUGAAAUUGAAACAAAAACUUGGAAAUUACCAUCAAGCUGAUAAAAUUCUGACAGCAAAGAAUAAUGAACUGAAAUCAAAACUCAAUGAUGUUUGUCAAAAUAUGAGAGAUGUAGCAGAUAUCAUAACCAAGGAAGUCAACAAACACACUGACAAUCUUAUUCAGUAUCUUGAAAAGUAUGUAAAUGGUAAAACAAGUGUUAUAUCGGACAAACAGCGUUUGGUAAAGGAAGCAUUGGACAAAAUGAGACACACAAUUGAAUUUGUAGAGAAUGCCCUAACUGUUGGUGACGAUACAUCAAUACUUUAUGCCAAAGGUGUGAUGAUGAAAACCUUGCGUAUACUUGCAAACAAUGGAAUCCCUUUCCAUCCAAGUAUUCUCAAUUAUUCCAUAUCUUAUGAACAUGAAAAGGAUUUCAUCUUGAAAAAUGUCAACAAAGCUGGUACACUGGUGAUAGAUAACAGCAAGUAUCCACCAGCACCAGGGCAAAGACCAGCUCCCACUCCCCAACAGGGACAAGUAAGAGCUAGCCAACCAAAUGCUUACCCACAGCACCAUAGUGUGAUGCCGAAUCGCACAACAAAUGCCAGUGGUUAUUACCCCAGUAGAAAUUCUGUACCACCUCGCAUUCAGCAGAGGUUUCCACACCUCUCAACUGACCAGCAGAGAGACCUGACACAGAAACUAUACAAUGUCAUGUGGAAUCAGCAACCAGGGCCAGAAACAGGUUCAGGGGCUGCAACCUAUCAGCACCAGGUCCCAUCCACCCACAUGCCUGUUAUUGACCAAUCUGUGAGGAACUUAACAAAUCUGGUGAAUGGUGUACCCCAACAGAGACCUGUGCUAAAUGCUCGAUACCAACACCCAGCAGCUGCGUCUAUGAUGCAGCCGAGAGUGAACGCCCCCAGGCUACUUAUGCCUGAACAAAGAGUGGGCAUGCAGUUGCCCACUAAUAGUUCACAUAGCACUAUGCAUCCGAGCUCUGCAAGCCAUAUAAGUGGAAUGGUACGGCCAAAUUCAUCUGUAGGGGACCCCACACGAUCUGCAAUCAGUCCUAGCUCUGCAGCAGAUAGAAUUAUAACUGGAAGAGCAACACAAGGCCAAACAUCGGGUAAAUCUUGGAAUUUUGUUGACAUGGGUUCCCGUUUUCAACAACCAGCAUUUGUUUCGUACGUUGACCAGGGCUCAUCAGGGCCUCAGGCAGCAUCCAAUCAAGCCAAGACACCCAGUCCUGCGGGAGCAGGAGUUGCUGGGUCCCCAAAUACUCAGACAAGACUAGACUCACCAUCUACCUAUACUGGAAGCCAUGUAAAGUCAGAAAACAAACAAUUGUCCUCCUGCCAGUUUUCAUCAUCUCCCAAUGAAACUACGACUUUGCUAGAGAAGCAUCUGGCACCUGGCCCUCCUCCCCAAUCCACUCCACCUCCUCCACCCCCUUUGAUCCAUGCCAACCAGUUACACAACCAGAGUCCAUCACAAGGGAAGCAGAUUUCUGUGAGCAAGGAUGAUGAUCCUAAUGAAGAUUACUGUGCCGUCUGUCAGAAUGGGGGAGAUCUCCUGUGUUGUGACAAGUGCCCUAAAGUAUUUCAUCUUAAGUGUCACAUUCCUGAACUCAAAGAAUUUCCAAGUGAGGAAUGGCAGUGUACUUUAUGUGCAAAAACUGAUGACAUGGUGUUGUCUGAGAUAGAGAAAAAGGAUCUCACUAUGGGUCCAGGGAAGCGGAAAGCCCCUUCAGGACUCACAGAGAAAGAACUCAAGGCCUGUGAACGGAUUUUACUGGAAUUAUAUACCAACAAAGACAGUGUGGUAUUCCAUGAGCCUGUCAGUAAAUUGGUUCCCAACUACUAUAAAAUCAUUACUAGGCCUAUAGAUUUCUCCAAGAUCCGAGCCAAAAUACAAAGACAGAACUUCAACCAUUACAAUACUGUAGAGGAGUUUCUUUCUGAUUGUAAACUGGUCUUCAAGAAUUGUUUGACUUACAAUGCGAUUGGAACUCCAAUAUAUGAUCAGGGCAAAAUGCUUGAUGAAGAAUUUGAUCGUCUCGUGCAGCAAUUUUUGCCAUGCUAUAUGGAUAUUCUCGAUGAUCUGGACACUAGAACAGACACUCCUGUUAGUGAUGCUUCAGAUGGCGGACCUGGAGAAAAGAAAAAGAAGAAACGAUUCGAGGACGACCCAGGAACGGGUCCCCCCGUUCACAUCCACUGAUGUUAGGGGACAUAGAGUUGUUAUGAUUAGUCUAAAACUGUUAUUUGUGUCUAUGUAUGAACAGUGACAGAAUUUGUUCCAUAACUAAUAUGAUUUUAAAAAUGCCCACUUCUGAUUUCCACAUUAAAAUGCACAGCAUUAAUGACAUGGACAUAUUGUUUGAAGACAACUAUUUUUCUACUUACUAGUAUCAGUUUGUAGCUGUAGCCUUGUAACUUCGAUGUUGUUUGUCAAUAUGUCAUAUUUUACACAAUUGUAUAUACAAUAUAGAAAGAAUUUUUAAGUUAUUGUAUAUUUUGAUGAUAUUGGGUAUUCUUUUGGUUGGAUUACAUAAACAUUCUACCAAUUGCAGUGUUUAAUUUAAGCUUGUGGUUAAGAUGGGUAGAAUCAUUUCAGAUUUUCAUAUUAAAAAUUUGUUCAGUCACAGUUACGGUUUUCUCACAUUGAAUGUAUCCACAGCAUUUUGAUUUUAAUAUUUGUGGUACAGUAAGACAACUUGCCACUUUUUCACACCUUCUGACGGCACUGGAUAACAUCACAGGUUUCCAGAAUGCCACUUUUUCACACCUUUUGACGGCACUGGACAACUUCACAGGUUUCCAGAAUGCCACUUUUUCACACCUUCUGGCGGUACUGGACAACAUCACGGAUUUCCAGAAUGUUGCUUUAAUCUUAUUACUCUGUGGCACAUUGAGUUCAUAUUUACAUGUUGAUAUGAAUGAUGAAAACUAUGUCAGAUGCUUUUUAAAAAAGAAUCUAAUAAUAAGGCAAUAAAGGCAUGAAGCUAAUGCUUAACUAUACAAUAUGAUAUGAAGUGGUUUGGAGCAGAUUACGAUUUCUCAAAGAUCAUUUGGCGAAUUACAUAGUGUAAUCUUAUAUUGUAUACUGUAAUAGUUAUAGCUGCAGUACUUAAAUACAUCAAUUAUGUUUAUAGCAGUUCAAUUCUCGACAUUUCAUGGAUCAUACAGUGCUAGGCCUUGUUUUUGUCUGGUCGGUGCUGAGUUUACAUUUGCUGUUUGGUAUGGUGAAAUUUAAUGAAAAAAAAAAUGAUAUUUUAUUAAACAUGUAAUUUUAAUUAGUUGCUAAAUUCUUUUGGGUAUUAUGAUUUUAAUGCUACUCAAUCUUUGUGUGUUCCAUUAUAGGGAAAUGAUCCUAAUUAAAAGUGCAAUUGAUUUAUA